GCAACAAGUUCAUUCGCGCUGCGUGCUCGUCCGAGCAGAACAAUAAUGAGUGGAUAUAAAUCGGUGGAAAGAAAUAUUUCACCGGGAGUCACCGACAGAUUUUUAAAAUGUAAUAAAAAGCACGUUUGACGCCAGUAGCUGGGGGAAAAAAGAGGGGAGAGGGGAUCUUUAACUCCCUUUCCCAAACGAAAACCGAGCUGGUGAGCGGCGCUGAAUGACUGUUAUGUGAAGAUGACGAACCACUGGCCUUCACAAGAUGAGGAUUUGAAGAAGCUAAAAACAGGAGCCUGAAAAUAGGCGAGUUUGUCUGCAGACAGAAAUUUCAAGUCCUUGAAAACUACGCGGUCAGUUUUCGUUGGACAAUAUCUCACUAGCGUCCUGUCCAUGCUUGUACCACCAUCUUGUUGACGGAUGAUAAGCUAGUCACACAGGGAUGGAGAGUGUGUAACAGAAGUGUCGCGAAAAUCUGUAUGAGAGGGUCCGAACUCCAGGUGAGUCAUAUCAACUGAUUAGUACAGGUGGAGAUGUGACUGGCGUGCGGGAGUGCCAGUGACAGAGCUUUCAUCCUGUCUUCUCAGGUUUUCUCUUCUACGUGUUUGUGUCACAGUGACAGCGUGUUUUCACUCGAUCUGUCCGCAGACGUUAGAAGGAUAAACGUCACUGUACGUCACCAACGAUUCAACUGAACAACACACAUCGGAGACAAGAGUGAGAAGCAUAUCCCGUGGUGAGACCAUUUCGUCGUUUCUUCCCGUCCACUGCGAUCGUCAUGUAUCAUAGAAUCGGCGACCUCUGCACUCUGGUUUGCCUCCUGACGUUCGUAACUAUGGUGACGGCACUGGAGUCUAUGAAAAUACAAGAAUGUCCCAGGCACACCUCAUCCAUCGGGGAAUACCUUGGCUGCAGGAUGGAGCCUGAGUAUCAUCCGUAUGUCUUUAACUGCAGCCGGCAGGGCCUCAAGUCCAUGGCCAACAUAACACAGGGAGUCGAGGUGGUGGACUUCAGCGACAACAUGAUCAUGUGUGUACCCAAGGUCAACGAAACAACGACCACCUGCAGCCUGCGGAACUGCAGCGGCUGCAUUCGCGAACUUCACCUUGAAAAAAACAAUCUCACCUACCUGCACGAUGAGGCCUUCAGUGACCUCAUCUGUCUCCAGUCGCUGGACCUCUCGAAAAACUCCAUCACGAUUGCAGCUCUGAACAAUAAAAUGUUUAACCGGCUACACAAUCUGCGUCAUCUGGACCUCAGCAAUAACCCGCUGGGUGAAACACAAGACAGGGUCUUCAAUUUUGUCUCUAUGCCCAAACUGAGGUCACUCAAUCUGUCGUCUUGCCGGCUGCGCCAGCUCGAGCCCUUGUCUAUCGAUGACUUCCCAUACCUGGAGGUGCUUGACCUCAGCAGCAACAGCCUGAAAGACCUUCCUCAGCAGGCCUUCCAGGGACUGAACUCUCUCCAGAUUCUUGACUUGAGCAGGAAUCGCCUUACCACCAUCGGCGACCUGAUGUUCGGUGACCUGACGAACCUGAAGGUGUUACGGCUGAGUAACAACCAGCUUCACGUCAUCUCCGACUCUGCUUUCUUCGGGGAGACGAUCUUGGACCGGCUUUUGCUGAACAACAACAAGUUCAAAGUCGUCCCCGUAAGGUCCCUGCAAAAGCUGAGGCAUCUCCAGUUCCUGGAUAUGAGUCAGAACCCCAUCGAGAGCCUCAAGCGAGAGCCGUAUAUGUUAUCUGUUGAGGCGAUUGUUCUGGACAACUUGCAAGGUUUCACGACAAUCGAGAUGGGAGCUUUCUCGACUUUUUCUGGGCUGCGCAGCUUGUCUCUACGCUUCUGUGGGAGCUUGCGCACCAUCACAGAGGGAGCUUUCCAGGGUAACAUCAGCCUCCUACGCGAAGUGCGACUGGACCACAACGGACUCACCACUCUUUCGGCCAACCUGUUACCAUGGGAACAGCUUGCCGUCUUGACCCUCCACGAUAACCCCUGGACCUGUGAUUGCAGCCUGGAGUGGGCAGCAGGCAGAUUGGUGGCAAACACCACAAUGAGAUGUCAAAAUCCGCUAAGACUGCGAGGCCACGAGAUGCUCAGCACCAAGCGAACCCAGCUUUCCUGCGCACGACCUUUAACCCUGUUUAAGGUCAUGGUGGGUCUGACCUUGACAUCUAUGUGUCUUUCCGUUCUCGGUGUCGUCCUUUAUUUCCGUCGACUUAAGAUGCCGUGCGCAUGUCUGAGAGGGGAGCGAGGACAAUACGUCACCGUCUACACCAAGGAGGGAGCAGGCGAUGGAGACGGCGAGAGCAACUUCGGGUACAGCGGAGAACCAGAAGAUCUUGACCUCGGCUGCAGGUCACGUGGCGGCGGCGGUCGAGUGCAAAUUCUGACGAAAACGGCUCAGUACCAGCGGCUACAAACAAAGCCGACAGAAUCAACGCAGGAUUUGGUUGAGGUGCAGGAGGAACUGUGAACUCCAUUAUGACUCCACAUGGAAGUGAAGACGAGGACUGUGAGCAAGGUACAAGGUCCGUGACUCCAAGGUUAGGUACGAUCGUGCUUGACAGACUCCUAAGAUAUCAUGCCUUUAUUUUUAUCUGUUUAGUGUAUUGUAUUAAAUGGAGAGAGAGAGAGAUUCAGAAGAGCAAGACAUCAAUGUGUAUGUAGGAAAACCGUCUCACAUUCACAUGAAACCUACUGAAAACCCUGCCAUCAGCAGCCAGAAGAACCCUUCGAAAAGCUUGACAUUUGCACGCGAAAUUCUGCCCAAAGUCUCUUGAAUGCUUGAAUCUCGUGCAAACACAAGUCACGUGAUCAGCUGCUACCCUUUCACCCUCUUACACACCAUGUUCCCCCCCCCACCACCUUCCCCCGCGAAGCUUUCUUGACCGCACGUACGUCUCCGUGUGUACAAAUCGCAGCCCAGCUCGUCUCAAGGGAGAUUAUCCUCACAACUACAGGAUCCAGAUUCCCGGAUAAUUGGUCCCUUCCGGAAGGGAGGAAUUCAUUUGAAUGUCAAUGAAAUCGUUUCAUGCGGGCAGAUUAUGGAAUUAUGUGCAGCUUGGUCUUGCCCAAUAGGAUAAUUAAUUGUUCCAUUUCACGCACGGCCGGAGGUAAAGAGUGUCGAGGGGCAAGAUCACUGCACAGCCUUUGGCAGGGGGCCACCAUCUUUGCCAGCGUCGAGCGAGAGUGUGUGUGGGGUGGGGAGAGGUAGGAGGGAGAGAGAGAGAGAAAAGAAAAUCUGUCCAGACUCCUUGGGUCUGUCUGGUGCUGAGAUGUUAAUGUUUCUCGCUGUAUAUUGCAGAAACCUGCAAGAGAGCAAGCAAAGAAGUAGGAGUAAAAAAUUAUGCAAGAAACAAAUUGUGUUUUUUAUAAAUAUAAAAUAAACUACACUUCUUGUAGCAAUGUACAAUUUCCAACCACUUACUCAUCCCCAAAUUUAAUUACUAGACGCUAAUUCACAAAAUUAAAGCGAAUAUUCGUUCUCUUUCAUCAAACAAGGUGAGAGUUGUGUUAGUUCCAGAGUUCGCCUAUUUAAGUUUCCAGAUCUCUUGAUACCUGUGGUCUUAAUAACACAAGAGUAACGAGCUUCAACGACUUCCCCCGUGUAACCUCUUUCUGUGAUGAAGAAAGAUAAUCGAUGAUGCAGCUUGAAGACUAGCAUUUUUAGCAUCGUGUCAACCACUAAACCAUAUCGCAAAAGAAGGGCAUGACUUAGAGUUAUGAUAUAAUAUCCAAUGUUAGCUCGACAACUGCCGAGGAACUAGAACAGUUAGUGACAAGGGAAAAACAUCUAACGUCACUGGACAUCAUUAGCGACACUGUUGAGCGGCUAAGACCACCAGCCUCAAUACCAGUCUCUCAACGAGGUCUGUAUCAUCUGCAGGGAGGGACCUUCGUGUACCCACAGCUCAGACUCGGUGGGACGACCUGCAUCAACCUCAUGACCUCCAGUACCUUCCACCUCAUCAUGCAUUUUAGGAGAGCCGUUACUUCACUCUGUCCCCGACUGUUGACCAGUUCGUUGAUUUCCGAGAGCAGGCAGAGCUGUUACCACUGACAUCUGUCUCCAUCAUCUCAUUUUACAAGACUCCUCCGCCACGCGGUCUGUACACGUGACUUCGAAGGGAACGAUUGUUGGUUGGAAGCAUGUUCGAUCAAGCUAUCAAACAAACUGACACUGUUUACCCUUACCCGCAAUAGUAUAUACCCAUCUUUCUGGCAAUGUUAAGUAGAAAGUUCCAAUGUUAAGCGAAGUAGAAGAAAAGGGUCUUCGCGUUCACAAGCCAGUGAACUAUGCACAGUGAACCACUCAAGUUCAAAAGUCCUGCGCUCUGUCAGAUGAAGUGUCACAGAGUAAGAUGGCGCCUUCAGUGUAUUGAUAUUUGACCUUUCGUCUAUGUCUCUUCCUUUUGAAUGGUGAUUUGUAGAUAAUGAUUCAGUAUAGCCGUAAAUAAAAAUUAUCUCAAUAA